UUUCACGACGGGGGAGGUGCUGUACGUCCAAGAUGGCGGCGCCCUGUAGGCUGGAGGAACUGUGAGGUAAACAGCUGAGGGGGAGGAGACGGUGGUGACCAUGAAAGACACCAGGUUGACGGCACUGGAAGCCGAAGCACCAAUUGUCCCCAGAACAGAAUGGAAGAGAGACUUUCACAGCUUCUGGUAGUGGCACCCAUGAAGAGCCUGCAGAGUCUGUAGUGCACGUUCCGGACCCGGCACAGCACGCCCGCGUAAGACCAUGGCCCAGCAAGCCAACAUCGGGGAGCUCGUCUCCAUGCUGGACUCCCCCGUGCUGAGCGUGCGUGACGAUGUAACAGCCGUCUUUAAAGAGAACCUCAAUGCUGACCGUGGUCCGAUGCUCGUAAACACCUUGGUGGAUUAUUACCUGGAAACCAGUUCUCAGCCGGUGUUGCACAUCCUGACUACCCUGCAAGAGCCGCACGAUAAGCACCUCCUGGACAAAAUGAACGACUGUGUGGGCAGAGCCGCCUCGCGGUUGCCCGCCCUGUCGUUGCUGGGCCACGUCAUCAGGCUGCAGCCGCCCUGGAAGCACAAGCUGUCUCAAGCACCUCUCUUGCCUUCUUUGCUCAAAUGUCUCAAGGUGGACACCGAUGUCAUUGUCCUUACAACAGGUGUCUUAGUGUUGAUAACCAUGCUACCAAUGAUUCCACAGUCGGGGAAACAGCACCUUCAUGAUUUCUUUGAUAUUUUUGGCCGUCUUUCGUCGUGGUGCCUGAAGAAACCAGGCCACGUGACGGAAAUCUAUCUUGUCCAUCUCCACGCCAGCGUCUACGCUCUUUUUCAUCGCCUCUAUGGAAUGUACCCUUGCAACUUUGUCUCCUUUCUACGCUCUCACUACAGUAUGAAGGAGAACUUGGACACUUUUGAAGAGGUGGUCAGGCCGAUGAUGGAGCAUGUGCGAAUUCACCCGGAAUUAGUGACUGGAUCCAAGGACCACGAACUGGACCCUCGAAGGUGGAAGAGAUUAGAAACGCACGAUGUUGUGAUAGAGUGUGCCAAAAUCUCUCUGGACCCCACAGAAGCCUCGUAUGAAGACGGCGACUCUGUGUCCCCCCAGGUGUCAGCACACUUUCCUCAUCGUGCGGCCGAUGUGGCCGCCAGCCCUUACGUCGACACGCAGAAUAGCUGUGGGAGUGCUACCUCGACCCCUUAUUCCAGCUCUCGGCUGACAUUGUUAAAUACGCCCGGGCAGCCACCUCGGACUCUGAGUCCCCCAUCAACACGGCUGUUGACUGAGCCGCCACAAGCUACUCUCUGGAGCCCAUCUAUGGUUUGUGGUAUGACCACUCCUCCAACUUCUCCUGGAAACGUCCCACCUGACCUGUCACACCCUUACAGUAAAGUCUUUGGUCCAACUGGUGGAAAAGGGACUCCUCUGGGAACCCCAGCAACUUCUCCUCCUCCAGCCCCACUCUGCCACCCGGACGACUACGUUCACCCAUCCGUCCUGCAGGCCACGGCCACACCCCCCAGGAAGGAAGAGAGAACAGAUUCAGCAAGGCCCUGUCUACACAGACAACACCAUCUUCCGAAUGACAGAGGAUUAGAAGAGCUGUCUGGCAGCAAAGGUUCUGUCACUCUCAGUGACCUUCCAGGGUUUUUAGGGGACCUGGCCUCGGAAGAAGAUAGUGUUGAAAAAGAUAAAGAAGAAGCGGCAAUAUCUAAAGAGCUCUCCGAGAUCACCACAGCUGACGCCGAGCUCCUGGUUCCUCGAGGAGGCUUUGACUCUCCCUUCUACCGGGACAGUCUCCCGGGCUGCCCUCGGAAGACCCAUUCGGCCGCCUCCGUCGCUCACGGCACCAGUGUGAACCCUGAGCCUUUAAACUCCUCCCUGGACAAGCUUGGGCCUGACGCACCAAAGCAAGCCUUUACUCCCAUAGAUCUGCCCUGUGGAGGCACCAGCGAGAGCCCUGCCGGGAACAGGGAGCGCCAGGCUUCGCUGGAGACCAACAUCCUCACUCCCAGCCCUUGUAAAAUCCCGCCUCAGAGGGGCGUGGGCCUUGGAAGUGGGCAGCCUCCCCCUUACGAGCAUCUUUUUGAGGUGGCGUUGCCAAAGACCGCCCAUCACUUCGUCGGCAAGAAGACCAAGGAACUGUUAAAGAAAGCGAAAGGAAACGUGGAGGAAGACCGUGCGCCCUCUACCUCCCCAGUGGAAAUACUGGAUAGACUGAUACAGCAGGGAGCGGACGCACACAGCAAGGAGCUGAACAGGUUGUCUUUACCCAGCAAGUCUGUCGACUGGACCCACUUUGGAGGCUCUCCUCCCUCAGAUGAGAUCCGCACCCUCCGUAACCAGUUGCUUUUACUGCACAACCAGCUGCUCUAUGAGCGUUUUAAGAGGCAGCAGCACGCUCUCCGGAACAGGCGACUCCUCCGUCGGGUGACCAGGGCGGCGGCUCUGGAGGAGCACAAUGCCGCCAUGAAAGACCAGCUGAAGUUACAAGAGAAGGACAUCCAGAUAUGGAAGGUCAGUCUGCAGAAGGAACAAGCCAGAAACAGUCAGCUGCAGGAGCAGCGAGACACGAUGGUGACCCAGCUCCACAGCCAGAUCAGACAGCUGCAGCACGACCGAGAGGAGUUCUACAACCAGAGCCAGGAGCUGCAGACAAAGCUGGAGGACUGCAGGAACAUGAUCGCAGAGCUGCGUCUGGAGUUGAAGAAGGCCAACAGUAAGGUGUGCCAUACCGAGCUGCUGCUCAGUCAGGUCUCCCAGAAGCUCUCGAACAGCGAGUCGGUCCAGCAGCAGAUGGAGUUCUUGAACAGGCAGCUGCUGGUCCUUGGGGAGGUCAACGAGCUGUAUCUGGAGCAGCUGCAGAACAAGCACUCGGACACCACAAAGGAAGUGGAAAUGAUGAAAGCUGCAUAUCGGAAAGAACUAGAAAAAAACAGAAGCCACGUCCUCCAGCAGAAUCAGAGGCUCGACACCUCUCAGAAACGGAUUUUGGAACUGGAAUCUCACCUGGCCAAGAAAGACCACCUUCUUUUGGAACAGAAGAAAUAUUUAGAGGAUGUCAAACUCCAGGCCAGAGGACAGCUGCAGGCGGCAGAGAGCAGGUAUGAGGCUCAGAAGAGGAUCACCCAGGUGUUUGAGCUGGAGAUCUUAGAUUUAUACGGCAGGUUGGAGAAGGACAGCCUCCUGAAGAAACUUGAAGAAGAAAAGGCAGAAGCAGCAGAAGCGGCAGAAGAAAGGCUUGCCUGUUGUAAGGACGGCUGCUCGGAUUCUGUAACAGGGCACAACGAAGAGGCACCUGGCCACAACGGCGAGACCACCCCCAGGCCCGCCGGCGUGCGGGGCGGCGGUGGAGGCAGAGGGGGCGGCAGCGGCGAGCUCUCGACCCCGGAGAAGCCCCCCAGCCAGAGGGCGGGCCCGUUCGGCAGUCGGUGGGAGACGACCACGGGAGAGCCCGCCACCAGCAUCCCGACCACCGUCGGCUCCCUUCCCAGUUCGAAAAGCUUCCUGGGCAGGAAGGCGCGAGAGUUAUUUCGUAAUAAGAGCGAGAGCCAGUGUGACGAGGACAGUGUGACCAUCAGUAGCCUUUCUGAAACGCUAAAGACAGAACUGGGCAAAGACCCGGGUGCGGAAGGCAAGGCCCCCCCGAGCCUAGACGGCCCGCACCCGUCCCCCCCGACCCCGGACAGUGUUGGACAGCUGCACAUCAUGGACUACAACGAGACUCAUCAUGAACACAGCGAAGGAUGACGGUCAAUCAGUGUUAACUCGCAGACUGCUGGCGUAGAACAGGAGGUGUGAAUGCACGUUCCCAGGCCUCCCCAUUUCCAGGGUCUGGGUGGCUGGCUCACGCCGUGGAAAUGGGCUGGGGGUCCUUUUCACAGUUGACUGAAUGCAGAACGGUUUUUUGGAUCUGGCAUUGAAAUGCCUCUUAACUUUCCCCUCGACCCGCUCCCCGCCCUGUCUUUCUUUUACCCAGCAGUGUGGGCUAGUCCGAGGGUCAGUGUGGGCUAAUCUGAGGGCCAGUCUGUGCUCCUCAGUGGCUUCACUUUCUGCCUCCCCCGCAGUGGUUGCGCCCUUUGAACGUGUGCAAUAUGAGGCCAAAUGUAAUCUUUGAGUCUAACACACCACUCUGUCCUUUCCCGAAACUCAGAGAACGGGUUGGCUCUCCGUUAGCCCAGGUCACUGGUGGUGUUGCAGGUAAGUCCGGUUUUGUCCCUUUCCACGAGGAUGUGGCUCGCGAAGCUGGUCACCUUCACGUGGAAGCUUUUUUACGUGAGACUUUUUCCCUGCUUUUGGUUCUGAAGUUCAGCAUCUAAAGCAGCAGAUCUAGCCAAACAAAGGUUUAUUCACCUUUAAUGUUCUGUUGGCGGUUCUGAUAAGCUUCCUAGAAAGUUGUGUGUGAACAAAUGUCUGUUGUCGGAGACGUCCAUAGCUGGCACCGUGGAGCCCGUCCCCCUCUCUGGGAAUGUCUGUCCCUCCUUCCCUGCUACCUCUUUUUUAUUUGGCGUUUGUUCGAAAGCUGCGACUGCUCAACCAGGCCGCCGUGGGUGGUAAAACCGUUCUCUGCAGGAGGGGAGGCGGGUGGUGGCUCGAGCCAUUGCCCGAGAAGCUCUUGGGGACCAGGAGCUGCCCCUCGGACGGGGCUGUGCCAGCUGAGCCUCGUGGUUCAACCCCUCCAUCCAUCCGCCUCUCUCCCUUUGUGUUCCUGUGAGUCCCUCGUUUGUGCCUGCUUCUCGGUGAUGCCGCAGCGGAAAGGCUCUGAAGGCCCAGAGUUUCUUUAACGUUCAAAUGACCAUUGCUUCUCAGGCUGGUGGAGCUGCCUUGCCGUUACGCGUUCUAGACCACCAAAAAGGUAACAGCUUUCUCACACCAGCCUAGCUUUCCGGGGGCCGAUUCUCCGGGGAGCAUGCUGCUGCGCCCCCUCCCGUCCCCCCGCUCCACGUCAGUAAUGGCAAAGUGUUUUAGGGCCACGUCCUGGCGAGUGUUGACAAAGGCCCAUGCGUGCUUGGGGGAGAUGCCCCCAGCCUGGCACCUGAACUCAACAGAGGCUCCCGAGGUAACUUCUGGAAGCCCAAGAGCUGUUGCUUUAGUGUCCCAGCUGAGGCGAGUAGAGACUCAUAGGAAAGAGCCAAUGAACCUGGGUUUUCUCUUUUUAUUCUCUUAGUUAAAAGUAUACGAGGGUUCAGCCACGAAGAGGGAAAAGACGGACUGUAAUGGUACGAAAUCUUACUGCAUCCAGAAGCUUCCAGCACGUGAGGGUAAAAGUCUUUUUUUUUUUUUUUUUUGUAAAGCAUUGCAGUAAAUAUUCUAGCAGCCUGACCAGAGGGGACUAGGUAACGAGAGACCCUGUGUCACCACGACGGCACAGGUGCAGGGGCCUCUCCUCAGGACAGGAUCUUCAGGUGUGACCGGUUCCCAGCCCAGGAGAGGCUGUGUGCCCGACUAUGCUCAGCCCCACCCGGUCCCACAGUUGCCGCUGGGUGUCCCUUGUGGACUGUUUAAUAACCCCACAUGUUUAAUUCAGCUUCAUCCAAAGGAAAGCUUAAAACCGAAUACAUCCUAUUUCCUAGUUCCUUUUUAGAAAAAGAAAGCAUGAACAAAUUCAGAAAGGAAAAAAAAAUGUUACAGGAUAAGUACUGAAACCAGGUCAAAAUGCUCACCCUCCCCCAGCCCAAGAGGCCUGUGCCACGAAACAGAGACACCAGGCGCUUCGAUCAAAGCCCUUUCCCUGAUUAACUGGUAACGGCAGAGGCCAAUGUAAAGAAAGAAAGAACAUCCUUAAAAACGGGGCAGAUUGUAAAAAUACAGGGAAGGAGGCGGCAGGGUGGCGAGGGGGCUCUCCGCGGGCCGGUCUCCGUGCCCAGGGCCCUCGGCACCUGCCUGCAACCCAGCCAUCGGCCUAGGGAGCUGCACUGCACUUCCUUUGGGUUCUAGGAGGCCGUGUGUCUCACUCAGCCAGGGCGGCGGGGUGGGGGGGGGGGGUGCAGGCGAGGCCUGGAGGCACGUUGAAGUUACCCGUCUUCCAAAUGGAGGCUCGCAUGUUGCAGAGGACUCGAGUCAACAUAAGGUUUGGUUUAGUUUUGAAAAUGAUAAACUCGCCAGGCAUCAACAGGUCACUUGAUUGUGCUACCGCGAGUCUUUCUGAGGAUAGGAGGGUGAUGAUAGAGGAACACCAGAGAGAGAAUUCAGGCCCGGGAAUCGGUGGGGCAGAUGUCUCGGAAUGAUUAGCGUCAGGGCCGGAGCAUGUCUUCACACCAUCUGAGCAGCCUUCUGUCGCACACGGCAGGGCUGGGCGGCCCCAGAGCUUGCCCACCUCGGAGCCCUUUGGCCCAUGUGCGUAACCUACUCUGCUCCCCGCCCGACACUAACCGGGGUCGGCACAGGCCCUGAGGAGGCCAGAGUCUGCUUCUUGGGCAGCAUGAAUUUUGUUUUAAAAAGGAGCACUACAGUAUCAUUUGUGGGGGGGGGGGGGGGGGGGGAAGUGGCAGUGUGGUCUCCAUAGAGAAAACGUGGUCCUGAAUCUGCCACGGGACAUGAGCACAUGGACCUCUCUCAGAGCUUUUAGGGAUUUUUAAAAAGCUUUUGACGGGGUUCUGCCGUGCAGCCUGUAAACUUGGUUAGCAUAGCACCGGAAGACAGAUCUAUCCAGGAGUCAGAAAACAAAGGUAGGAGACAAAGGUCGUUUCUUGGGGCAAGAGGGUUUUAAAGGUUUCCUCGCGGAUGAGUGCUAGGACCGGCCUCGUGCGGCGGGCGGACGUGACCUCGCUCGCUUUGCCAGCCGAGGGUUCUUUCGAGGCCCCGUGUGUGCAGAGAGAAAGGACCGGUAAGCUCCCGCGUGAGCCGCAGCAGUGGACCGUGUGCAGGGGAGAGGGCGCGGCUCUCCCGGGCAGGUAGACUGGACGCCGCGGAUGCUGGAACAGAGCCCACUGUGCCGCCGGCCGGCCGGCCUGGAGGGCAGCGCCUCGGGGGGCAGAAUCCCAACAACGGACCAAACCCCGGACCCUGCUCCGUCCCCAUUUGCCCCAGCCCGUGUAGCUUCCGGUGUUUUUGUCACAAAAGGCCAGGGUCUCACAGUCGUGUAGAAGGGGGCGACUAGGACAGUGGGGCAACGGGUCCCUGUGAGCCGGGCCGCAGGGGUUCAGGCUCACCGAAUAAAACGUUGGGCGUUUCUGCAGAGAGCAUCUAGCAUGUGCUGUGACUAGCCAGAAGGAGUUUUUACCAAAUACUAGAACCUACCACUCGAAGCCACAAGAUGACCGUUCUUUUGACGGAAAGCACCGGGAGGUGGGCGGAAGCGAGGGCAGGUUAUGGAGGGUGUGGGCAGAGGGCAGGCUUGGUCCAGAAGCACAGUCGAGGUGGAGGGCCACCCGCCCUGGGAUGUUCGGGGACAGGCCAGCCCCUCUUCAGAGUGGUCCCCGGAGAAGCCCCCCCCCCCCCCCCCCAGAGCACAUCUCGUGCGGGGAAGAGAGCGGGCUCGUGGAACGGCCCCCGCCUGCACACCUCCUCUGCUGCCCUUUCACUCUCGAGGCACACGCUUGAAACUGACCGGCAGCGAGUGCCAGGACGUGUCUCCGGAACAUGUCUGAGUACCUGUUUACGCGCCACCCCCCCCCCCCCCAGCUCUGUACCGUGAACCCUCCCCUCCCCUGAUGCCGUGGAGGAAUCCACCGCACCGGAUGGCGCUUUUCUCUAGAGGGAAAGAGCCAGUUUAGGUCGGGGCCCGGCCCUGAGGCUGCUGCUGUGACCCUUGUUCCCAGUGUCCCCGUCCGUGACUCUGUGACAUGUGCGGGGAGAGCGGGGUAUCUGUGUUUUCCCCGCCGUCUACGGUCUGCACAAGCUCACCUGAGGGAAGAGUGGCUGUAGCGACAUCGGAAGCCUGUGCCCAUGACCGCUUUUGGCCUUGAAACCAAUGAAUGAAGGCAGAGGAGCUCUCUGCCCCCUUCCCUUCCCAUUGCUACCAAAUGGUCCACCCUCUGGGAUACGUAGACUAGUUGACGCAUUGGAACAGAUCUUUUAGAGGAGACCCCGGAGAGUUUGAGCCCCCCUCCCUUCCCCCACCUUGCUACAGUGUUUGGACAGGAGGGUACGCGCUGCUCUGUGCAGCAGAAACUUCUGCUUAUCAAGAGGCGGCCGGGCAUUUUGCACUAGAAAGAAUCAGUGAUCACUUUUCAGAAGACUUCUGCGGACCAUAAGCAUAUUACGGAGGAACAGAUUUUGCUAAGACGUAAUCUAAUUUUAUAACUCAAUCAUGGAUCAACCACAUGUGGCUAACUUGCAGUUUAAAGGGGUCCCCAUCAGUGGAAAAAAAAAGUUUUUUUAAUUGAUUGCUUUUAGUUAAAUUUGAGAAAGUCCUCUCUCGUGAAAAGGUUUAAACCUUCCCGCCUCGAUCUUAAAAGCAUGUCAAACAAUCCACGUCAGAUGCCAUAAACAUGAGCUGCAAGAGAAAAUGGUACAAUCUUCGUGAAUGGGAGUCGGAAUCAAAAGGGUUUGCUGUUCUUCUUAGGAUGUUCUAAAAUGUCAAGGCAGUUGCUUGUGUUUAACUGUGAACAAAUAAAAAUCUAUUGUUUUGCACUA